AUGAUUUUGGUCUUACUCCUUUUACAAGUCUUCCUAGCGGUGCCAGCACUUGCCUAUUGUCCAACUUUCUUCCAGAACCAAACAACUUGUUCAUGCAGUGAUGCUCUUGAUGGAGCGAUCAUUCACUGUUCUGGUGCUCAAGGACCGACUUUCAUUGAGAAACUUAAAACCACACAUGUUGAUAUCAGAGAGCUGAUCUUGGAGAAUGCAAACAUUGUUGAGAUUGGUUCAAACGCUUUCCGCAACUUGCGAAUCAAGAAACUCGUUUUGGACAAGAACAAGAUCAUGGAUUUCCAUAAAGAUGCGUUUAGAGGAUUGGAGAAUGUUCUUGUCGAGUUAUCUAUUCAACAAAAUCGACUGACUGCUGUACCAACUCAAGCUCUUUCCGGACUCCGAGUCCUUCAAGUACUCAACUUAAGAUGCAACAAAAUUGGAAACCUAACCACUUCGGUUUUUCAAAAUAUGACUGGACUCAUUGAUGUGAAUUUGGCUUGCAAUGAGAUUUGCAAAAUGGAUGGAAAAGCUUUUGAUGGGAUUCGUUCUUCUCUACAAAAUAUGAUCUUGGAUAGCAAUUGUAUCAACGAAUUCCCAAUGAAAACCGUUGAAGGAAUGAGCAAUUUGAUUGGUCUUCAUCUCAAAUACAAUAAAAUCAACAAGAUUCCGUCGAAUGCUUUAAUCAAUAUGAAAUCGUUGUCAAUGUUGACGCUUACUGGAAACAACAUCUCUUCGAUCGCUAAAGACGCGGUGGUCAACGCCACCUCACUCCGAUAUCUCUAUUUAGCUGAAAACAAUUUGAAACAACUUGAACCCAAAAUGAUGUCUCAAUUUAAACAGGCUCAAGUAAUCGAUCUUUCUUUCAACCACUUAGAGGAGAUCACAGAUGAAACGUUUAAUGGACUUGAAUCUCUUCAACAUAUGAAUCUUGAAGCUAACGCUAUCCAGAAUAUUGCUCCAGGAGCUUUUGCUGGCACACCACUUCUUCUUUUAUGGCUUCCAAACAAUUGCCUUACUACUGUCAACGCUAAUAUGUUCCAGGGUACUCCAUUCCUUCGACAGGUUUCUCUUUCUAACAACAAUAUUCACGAGAUUGCCCCAUUGAGCUUUGCUCACUUGCUAAACCUACACACUUUGGACUUAUCCUUCAACAAAAUCAUGUCUCUUCAAAAUGGAGCCAUCACUGGAGCUGACUAUUUGACUGUUAGACUGCAAGAAAACCCGAUGGUCUGCAGUCAGGAUGGAUUCCAUGUAAUGAAUGGAGGAUCAGCUCUCAAUUUGACCAGUGAAGCAAACAUUGUCUGCCGUGGGGAUUGGCAAGCCGACACUGUAGACGUUUGCCCGAAGGCUGUUCCUAGACCAAUUCCACCACCAUGUUGCAUCAAGCCAACUCCUGCACCAAUGAUCACCACCACUUUGCCCACAACAACCACAAAAAUGAUUGAGAAAGCUGAAGAAACGAAAAAAGAGAAAUCAAUGGAGAAGCAAAAAGAAGAGAAACCUAUCGAUGAAGAGGAAGAAGAAUAUGAAGAAGUGGAUGAUGAAGAUGAGGAGACAAAAGGAACAACUUUGACAACUUUGACAACAACAACAAGUACUUCUACGAAAAUGACAAAUGAUGUUAACGAAAAAGAAGAGGAAGAGGAAGAAGAUGAAGAAGAGGAAGAGCCAACUACAGCUAUGGCUUUAAAGAAAAAGAUCAAUAUGGAAAGAUUCUGGCGUUUGGCCUCUCGUCCAAAUGCCAAUUCACCAUUCAUGAGACACCAAAAAAGAUUGGGAGUUAACACUGCGCCAAAGGUUUUGAAAGGAGUAUCUUCUGAGGAAAUGAACAAAGAGCGCACCUCCAAGCCCACCUCUACAACUACCACAACAACAACAACCACUCCAGCUCAAGAGGAAGAGGAAGAAGAGGAAUAUGAGGAAGAAGGAGAAGAGGAAGAGAUCGAGACAACCCCGACUCCAAUCAGAAAAGUUCCAUCGCGUGUGCUUGAGAGACAAAAGUUUUUGGCUCAACAAACUUGGUCACCAGCUAAGAGCAAGGCUGGUUCAACUGAGGUGAAAGCCGAGAUCGAUUUUGAUCAAGACGCUGAAUCGGAAAGUGUCUCUGUUGAUGAACAAGCAAGAGUU